GUCGGUGGAGGUAGGGUGUGUGGUCAGGACAACUAAGUCCUGGGGUUUCCCCUGAGUAGGAGCUGUCCUCGAGAGCCUCAGGCUUCAGUCCAUGCCCUGAAUGGCUGGUCUCCAAUUGGCACUGCCUCUGCCUGUGGGCAUUAUGCUCCCACAUAAUAAAACAGAAGCUCCAGAGCUCCACUCAGCUAAGCAAGACCCCUCUGAAAAAGGUGACUCUUCCCAGCGGUCCUCUAUGGGGCACCCGAGGAACAAUUUCCAGCAGAAGCUUUUGAGCAACCAAGAGCUGAUGCUGGAUAAUCUCUACACUCACCCCAAAUGGAACACCUGCACGAAAGCCCGGAGCUACUCCUAUCCCCGCUGUGCUGGAAUCAGCCAGCAAGAUUCAAGAAGCAAUCCCCAGGGCCAAGCAAAGUGUUUGUUUUACUCACCAGGCCCUCAAUCCCGGUAUCCCAAAGCAAAUAACCAGGAAUUCAUCUCCUUUACGAAGAAGCGAGUUGGGGUGGACCGGGCAUACCCACUGAAACCUGUGUUUCAUAGGAAGCCCCAUAGUACAGGUGAGGCUGGCACUGAUGGGAACCAGAAUGUCUCUCCAAGACCCCCUGAGCCAAGAAAGUUUUCAUACAGUAGCUUUGGUUCAAGGAACUGGGUGAAUUCAUCUGUGGUUGGUACAGUUGCUGCCAGUCAGGAGGACAGGGUCAUGGCAAACCCCAACAGGAUGGAGUGGACGCAGAUCCAAAGACUAGAAGCUGCAGGGGAGAGUUUAGAGGAGGAAAUCCGCAGAAAACAGACUCUUCUGAGGGAAAAGCUGAAGAAGACAGAGGAGGAACUCCGAAGGAUCCAGAAGGAAAAAGAACAGGCUGAGGAAAACGAAAAAAGAGAGCUACAGAGAAUGGUACUCCCCAGGAGGAGAGUUAAAGGCAACAGCAAUACCACAUACAAACCUAUCUUCUCCCCAGAAUUCAUGUCUGAGGAGGUCUUCAGUAGAGACACGGGAGAGGAUGAAACUUGGGGACGGUCUCAAGAAAAUUCUAGUCCAUUCCAGUUCUCUGAUUAUGGAAUUCAGAAGCUCAGAAGGGAAAGACUGGUGGCAAGCAAUAACAACAUCCGAGACCGAUUCUCAGGGCGAUUGAAGGAGACGUUUUCUCAAGCUUCAGAAGCGCCACUCAGUGCUUUGCGGAGGUCCACCAGCAAUUCUAGCUCGUCUAGGGCACCACACUCCUCGGGCUCCAGCUGUUCCACUGAAGAGCCAGAACUGGGCGAGUGCAGCCACUGUGGCCGAAAGUUUCUCUUGCUCAGGCUGGAGAGACACUCCAACGUCUGCCGCAGGAUGCAGAGUUCCAAGAGGAAAGUGUUUGAUUCCUCCAGGGCCCGGGCCAAGGGCACAGAACUAGAGCAGUACUUGAACUGGAAGGGACCAGCCUCAGUCAAGGCUGAACCUCCUUGGAAGAGCAACUGGAAACAGAAGCACGAAUCUUUCAUCCGUACCCUCCGUCAGGCUCGAGAGGUCCAGCAGGUAAUUGCCAAGGGUGGAAACCCCUCCGACCUGCCUCCCAUCCUGCCUGCAGAAAAUCCAGACUAUAUUCAGUGUCCUCACUGUAGCCGCCACUUUGCUCCCAAGGUGGCAGAGUGGCACAUUCCUAAGUGUAAGACCAUCAAGAACCGCCCUCUGCCUCCAAGGAAGCACUGCAGUUGAGCAGACAGCAGUGGAAACCUCCUCGAUAGUCCAGAAGGCUCUGCUUCUCUUCAGCAGUAAAUGGGAGUAGACUAGUUUGAUGCAGAGCAGAAAGAACUACAACUUUUACAUCUCCCAGGUCUGCCUGCAGAGCUGAAAUCGGUGAAGAGAGAGAGCCCCAUUGCUAAGCAGCAGGAGGCAACAGGAAGCCUCAGCUUCCCACUAAAUCACCGCCUCCGGCUGGUGUGCCUCAUGUUAUUGCCCUAAGAACUGAUGGGUGAGAACACGUGAGAGUAGCGAGUAGGCUACAUUAAAGCUCUCUUCUUGCAAGCCUGAUUGUGGUUUGUGCUAGUUAAGUGCCUGCAUUUGCUGUGCCUUCUUGCCGCUGCCUCUACAUGUAUGUCUAUGGCUUCUGUUAACUCCUCUUGUUCUUGCAAGAAGUUGGCUCGUUGGUAUCAGAGGAUCAUGGUAUCUUAUAAAAAAUACAGUUUUGCUGUAAGGCAAAUGACCUCCCCAAUACAUGGUCCUGGCCAAAAGUCAAUACAAGUAUGGAAGGUUCAGGCGCCAGUAUGUCCUAAACCCUCCCCAUGUUGUACUGUGUAAUAAAGGGAACCUCAUCUUUA